AUGAGAUCUCUAGCUGCUUGUGAACUGCUAAACAACGCUGGGUACAGAAACCUUUUUUGGGUCCAAGGGGGAUUUGAGGCUGCUGAAGAAGAGGAUUUUGUCAGUGAAGGUCCUCAGCCACUUAAGUUUGCUGGAAUUGGUGGAGUUUCGGAAUUCCUGGGUUGGACUGAUCAACAAAGGGCUGCUGCUGCCAAAGAAGGUUGCGGUUAUCGAUUAUUGUUCUCUGCUCGUCUGGUUGGAGUCUUUCUUGUUGCGGAUGCCUUGUUUAUUGGUGCUCAGCAAGUAGGUCACUAUAUUCAGGAUAUAAGAGCACAUUGA